AUGGGCUCCAAGUACCCGCGGUCGGUCCGGGACUGCCUGCCCCUGUGGGCCGUGAUGCUGGAGGCUGUGCUCAUUGUCCUCAUCUCUGUCACCAGCUUAGGGGACCAGAAGAGGUUCACAGUGGCCUAUCAAGGCUUCCAGGAUUUUACCAUCAUGGCGGUCUUUGGCUUGGGCUUCCUCAACUCGUCUUUGCGGAGACUCGGCUGGAGCAGUGUGGGCUUCAACCUCUACAUGCUGGUCCUUGCGGUCCAGUGGGCUGUCCUGGUAGACGGACUCUUUUUCAUUAUCUUCAAUGGGAAUGUGCCCAUCAAACUGAACAGUAUGUACUCGGCCACCAUGAGCGCUGUGACAGUGCUGAUCUCCGCUGGGAUGAUCCUGGGGAGGGCCAACUUGGUGCAACUGACCAUGAUGACGCUGCUGGAGGUGACAGUGGUUGGCGUCACCAGGAUGGUCGGCUGGAGAUUCUUCUACAUGGAACACCACAUGGACGCCCUGGUCUUCCCCGUGUUCGCCGCCUAUUUCGGGCUGAUUGUGUCCUGGUGCCUAUCCCGGCCCCUUCCAGAGGGAGCGGAGGAGAAGGCUCAGAUGGCUACGAGCCCCAGCUUGUUUGGCAUGCUGGGUACUCUCUUUUUGUGGAUAUUCUGGCCAAGUUUCAACUCCGCUCCGCUGGACUUGCCAAGUGAAAAGAGGACCGUUAUUUUCAACACCUACUUCGCCCUUGCAGUCAGCGCAGUGACAGCCACCUGCGUGUCAGCCUUGGCUCAUCCCCAAGGGAAGAUCAACAUGAUUCACACCCACAAUGCGGUGCUGGCUGGAGGCGUGGCUUUGAGUGCUCCAGGUCACCUAAUUUCCUCUCCUUGGGUUGCCAUGCUGCUGGGCCUUAUAGCUGGGUUGAUCUCCAUUGGGGGAGCCAAGUGCCUGGUGAGUUUUAACCAAGUGCUGGGGAUCCAGGACUUCAGUGGGGUGCACUAUACCUUCGGCUUGCCGGGUCUGCUUGGAGUGGUCGCCUACCUCAUGCUGCUUUGGAACGCCAAGCCUUCCUUGAUUGACUUCCAGUUGCUCAUGGGGACGGCGGCGUUCAGCUCCGCUCUGAUCCUAAGUCUGGCCUCCGGUCUCCUGACAGGUUUGCUCCUGAAACUCAAAAUCUGGAGGGCACCUCAUGAGACCAAACUUGAUGACCAAACUUUCUGGGAGUUUCCUCACUUGGCUGUUGGAUUUUAAGCAAAAGCAUCCAAGAAUAACAAGACAGACUGAUCCUGGAAACAAGUCAACUUCCUUUCCCUGUUAGCUACCUUUGUAUAUGACUAACACACACUGAUUACAGCAAGGGCUUCUUAUGUUCAGUGGCACAAGGUCAGAGAAGGAUUUGAUAUUAGAAAAUAAAAGACUAAAAACUUGCUUAAGUAGUAAUUUAAUGAUGGUUUUAAAUAAUAAGAUUUCAUUAAAGAUGA